UUCGCGCGGCGCUCUCGCCGGAAGUCCCGCGGGAAGUCUCGCGAGAGGCGGCGGGCGGGCGGCGGGUGGCGCUGCGUGCAGCUCCGGAGGGUCGCCUCAGCCGCUCGGCUCCCCGCAGCGCCUGGGCCCUGCCGCUCGUUCGCUCCCUCCCCCGCGCCUCCCCCCGCCCCCGCAGCCGCCACCGCCGCCAUGUCCCGCUACCUGCGUCCCCCUAACACCUCGCUCUUCGUGCGGAACGUGGCCGACGACACCCGGUCUGAAGACUUGCGCCGUGAAUUUGGUCGUUAUGGGCCUAUAGUUGAUGUAUACGUUCCACUUGACUUCUACACUCGUCGUCCCAGAGGAUUUGCUUAUGUUCAAUUUGAAGAUGUCCGUGAUGCAGAAGAUGCUCUCCAUAAUUUGGAUCGAAAGUGGAUUUGUGGUCGGCAAAUAGAAAUCCAGUUUGCACAGGGGGAUCGGAAGACACCAAAUCAAAUGAAAGCCAAGGAAGGGAGAAACCUAUACAGUUCUUCUCGUUACGAUGACUAUGACAGAUAUAGGCGAUCUAGAAGUCGGAGUUACGAAAGGAGACGGUCUAGAAGUCGUUCUUUUGAUUACAGCUAUAGAAGAUCGUAUAGUCCCAGAAAUAGACCUACUGGAAGACCUCGUCGUAGCAGAAGCCAUUCGGACAAUGAUAGGUUCAAACACCGCAAUCGAUCUUUUUCAAGAUCUAAGUCCAAUUCAAGAUCACGAUCCAAGUCACAGCCCAAGAAAGAAAUGAAGGCUAAAUCACGGUCUAGGUCUGCAUCUCACACCAAAUCUAGAGGCACCUCUAAAACAGAUUCUAAAACACACUAUAAGUCCAGCUCAAGAUAUGAAAAGGAGUCGAGAAAAAAAGAACCAGCUAGAUCCAAAUCACAGUCAAGAUCACAUUCUAGAUCUAGGUCAAAAUCCAGAUCAAGGUCAUGGACUAGUCCCAAGUCCAGUGGCCACUAACAGUGUAUCCAUGUUGUUUUUAGGCAUGUAAGAUUCAUUUACACACAGUUCAGUUUACUUAAAUUAUCAGGAAUAUGAUGUUGCAACAGUGCUAAAAAAUAUUUUCUUUGUCAGUUUUCCCUGUAGCCGACAAUGGUUAAAAUUAAAACAGUGUUGAGAAGCCACUGAGAGAGAGCGAGAGAGAGAGAGUGUCCAUUUGGUUAAAUGUCAUGGGCAGCUACUGAUUUGGUUGUGGUGUCUCUAUGUAUAUUUUUGUAAAGAGUUGCAUUUUUAAUGCUUAGAUAUUGGUGAUGACUUGAUUGAUCGUAACUUGCAACAUUGUCCUAUUAAAAAUGUCAUACCCGUAGAGAAAUUGGUACCAGUUUGUGCUGAACAGUUAAACCAACUGUUUAACUUGUUCUUUAAUGCUAAACUUUGUGAUAUAAACAGAGAACUGGACAGCUGUAGUGCAACACUGACUGCUGUGAAAUGCAGACUGGCAAUUUUAUGUUUCCAUUGUUCAAAGGCAGGCUUCUGUGUUCUCCAUGCCCACUGACACAAGUAGGUUGGUAACUGGAGCUCUAUGGAGAGAUAUAUUUGAGAUUUCUCUUUAACCCUGCCAUCUGGAGAGAUGGUACUAACAUUGCAUGUACUACAUGGGGAGAGAGUUGGUCUUGGAAGCUCAUUCAGAGAUUGUGCAGUGUCGUGACUUGUCAGGAUAGAGGCUUCACUGCUUUUGACCUGGCUGCUAGUACUAAAUGUGUGAGGGGGGAAAAAAAAAACCACCUUGAAAUGGAAAAUUAAAUUCAGAUUUCAACAAAUGGCAGAGCAACUAAAUAUUAGGUUGUGUGUACAUUUUAUGCAGUUUUUGUAUCUAUUCUAAAUUUUAGUGAGCAGUUAACCAUAAAAUUGCUUAGUUUUCCUGCUGUUAGAUACAAGUAGAUUGUUUCGAGUUGUGUGUGUACAGUAUAUAAGAACUAAACUUUUAUGCCAAUGACUCCUGUGGUUAGUUGGUGUAUUCAUAGGUAUAAAACUGUAGCCAUCUCUCUUCCUGAAUAACAAAGGCUUGCUUUUACACAUAAAAAAAGUAUUUGGUCAAGCAAGUCUGAAUCACUUCUUCCUCAGAAUGGAUAGUGGUUUGGUUACAAGAUUUCAUUUUACUUAAGAACAAAUGUUUGAAGUUGGGUAUGAACAAGAGCUGCAUCUCUAGCUAUUUAGUUUAUCACUAAUACAGUAUAUUUAGUAAAUUGAAUGUGAAAAAUAACAAAACCAGUGUGUAAUCUUACCAGUAUUUCUCUAGAAGGCAAGAUACUUUGUUAUGAAAAUGGCUUUUGGCAUUGUUUUUUCCAUUUACCUUCAAAAGCCAGCAUCAAACACCUAGUGUUCCUUGUUGUCAUGUAGUAGCAUAUAAAGACAUUGAUUUCAAAAAGUUCCUUUUUAGAGAAAUGUUUUAGGUUUUGGUUUUAGUGUUUUCAGCAGGGCCUUUAAAGAAAUGCAGAUGGCUUUUAAAUAUUGGCAGUGGAACGUGCUUAGGGGGUUGAUCCUAGAAUCUUUGUACAUUUGAUAGUAUUUCUAACUUUUUCUUUACUGUUUGCAGUUAAUGUUCAUGUUCUGCUAUGCAAUCAUUUAUAUGCACGUUCCUUUAAUUUUGUAGACUUUCCUGGAUGUAUAGUUUAAAAACAGCAAAAAGUCUAUUUAAAACUGUAGCAGUAGCGUGCAGCUCUAGCAGAGGAAAGUUGUGGGAUUAAACUUUGUAUUUCCUUUCUUAUAGAGGCUUCUAAAAAGGUAUUUUUAUAUGUUCUUUUUAACAAAUAUUGUGUACUACCUUUAAAACAUCAAUGUUUUGAUCAAAAUAACUAAAGACCCAGCUUAUUUUCUGCUUGCUGUAAAUUUAGCAAACAUGCUGUAAUAAAAAAAUGAAGGAAA